ACCGGAGGCGUUGGCGCGGCGCGGCUAGCGUUUGCAGUAAGAGCAUCUCCGCGGGGCUUGCUGGCACCCCAGCUGGCCCAGGGCCAUCAGUUUCUCUGUCUGAGCCUUCCUUCAGCCUUCCAGAUCCAACCUGCUCUACAAACCGCGAAUCAUGCUGCCUGCAGCUUUGGGUGCCACCUGCAGUGCCAGGCACGCACUGUUGCACAAGAGAGAGGCUGUUUGAAUUCUCUGUGACUGUUGGGAGGAGGAACACCAGAGCCCCCAGGAUGGACUUCCUGGUUCUCUUCUUGCUCUACCUGGCUCUGGUGCUGAUUGGUGUUACUCUGAUCUGUAUCUACUCGAGAACCCAGUUCUUGAAAGGCCUGGUCAGGGGAGGAGCACAGAUAUUUUCCUGUAUAAUUCCAGAAUGCCUUCAGAGAGCCGUGCAAAGAUUACUUCAUUACCUUUUUCAUACACGAAACCACACCUUCAUUAUCCUGCACCUCGUCUUGCAAGGGAUGGUUUAUACUGAAUACACCUGGGAAGUACUUGGCUACUGUCAAGAGCUGGAGUUCUCCUUGUAUUACCUUCUUCUGCCCUAUCUGCUGCUGUUUGUAAACCUGUUCUUUUUCACCCUGAGUUGUGUAACCAACCCUGGAACCAUAACAAAAGCAAAUGAAUUACUGUUUCUUCAAGUGUAUGAAUUUGAUGACUUGAUGUUUCCGAAGAACGUAAGGUGUCCCACUUGUGAUUUAAGGAAGCCAGCUCGAUCCAAGCACUGCAGGGUAUGUAACAGGUGUGUGCACCGUUUUGACCAUCACUGUAUCUGGGUGAACAACUGCAUUGGGGCCUGGAACACCAGGUACUUCCUCAUCUACCUCUUAACGCUGACGGCCUCGGUGGCCACCUUGGCCAGCGUGAGCGCUGCGUUCCUAGCCCAGGUGGUGUUCUUCUCGGAUUUCUACCUAAAGACCUACAUUGACAACCACGGACACUCCCAGGUUGUUGACACCGUCUUUCUUGUUCAGUACCUGUUCCUGCUCUUCCCAAGGAUCAUCUUCUUCCUGGGGUUUGUCUUGGUGCUCAGCUUCCUCCUGGGGGGCUACCUAUGCUUUGCUCUGUACCUGGCUGCCACCAACCAGACCACUAAUGAGUGGUACAGAGCUGGCCGGGCCCCACGCCAGCAUUGCCGCCACGAGGCCCAGCCCCUAUCAGCAGAGCCCCAAGUUUUCCAGAACAUUCACUCCCACGGGGUUUGGAGCAACCUUCGAGAGGUCUUCCUCCCUGCUACACGUUAUGAGAAAAAGAAGAAAUAAGAAUGGGAAGACUGUCACUGCCUUUUGAAUAUAGUAUAUUUAUUUAUACAUAUGGAUACUUAUUUUCUGUGCAUGGUUUGUUUUUUGUUUUCUGCUUUGUGUUUAUGAAUCGGCUUUCAGUG